AUGCACUACCUCCAGAACAGCGAGACGCAGUCCAAGUCGACGGUCGAGUCGUCGCUCAAACUGCACAAGGGUACGUCAUGCGCACGGUUCACAUCUGACUCGGACAUCAGCGCUCAGCACCAACUUCCGACCGCUCUGACUGCACACCGUUUCGAGGGAUGUGCUGACGACUUCCUUAUCUUUGCUCCAUGGGUCGCUUUCACCGGCGUUCAGUCAAGACUGUUGCACUCGAAGGUCAUAUCGCCACUGACGUACAUGGCCCUUCGUUGAUUGCUAUCGACGAGAAGGCCGAGGCGGCGCUGCGGUGGAAAUUGGAUCUUCACAUCUUGCCCGUGGUGGCGGUGCUGUACUUGUUCUGGUGAGUACAGUCGGUCAAUGAGCUGUCCUCAUCGGUGGGAUUUGCUCAUGUGGGUUUGCGUACCCAAUCUCAGCUUUAUCGAUCGAUCCAACAUUGGAAAGUAAGUCAAACACUAGGAGCAGGCGCUGCCCACUGCCCGAAUAUGCUGAACCCGUGUCCUCCCUUCUUACAGCGCUCGUGUAGCAGGCCUCGAAGCCGAUCUCAAAAUGACCGGCAAAUACGACUACAACAUCCUCCUCAGUGCAGUCUACGUCGCCUUCGUCUUCAGCGAGAUCCCUUCCAACUACUUGUGCAAAGUCAUCGGUCCAGCGAUCUUCAUUCCGGCAUUGUCACUCGGGUUUGGGGCGUUCUCACUCGCGAUGGCUUUCGUCACGACCUUCAAGAGUGGAAUUGCGAUUCGUUUCAUGCUCGGAAUAUUUGAAGCGGGAGUCUUCCCCGGUCGGUCCCUCCAGCUCUUAACCGCCCUUUCCCGAUCUCCCGACUGACGAUGACCUUCUUCGGCGAUUCUGACACCAGGUAUCGCCUACUACCUCUCUCGCUGGUAUCGCAAGGACGAGCUCGGAUUUCGCCUCGCUCUGUACAUCGUCUUUGCCCCUCUUGCAGGAGCGUUCGGAGGCUUGUUCGCUUCCGCGUUACUGAUGAUCCCCAAAUUUGGGAUGGUGACGUCGUGGCGCAUGAGUGAGUCGAAGCUAACCCUCCUCAAAACAAAAAAAACUACGAAAAAUUUCUAACUCCUAUCUUCCGGAUUUAUCACUCGGUCAUUCAUAGUCUUUUUUGUCGUGAGUCAACACACGAGCGCGAUGUGCCUGUGCCCCCCUCAACUGAUGAAUCAUGUCCGUCCGUCCGCGGUGAAAUAGGAGGGGCUCAUGACGAUGACAGUGGCAAUCGUCGCCUUCUUUCUCCUCUCUGAUCGUCCUGAUACUGCCAAGGUGAGUUCCUGUGCUAUCAAUGUUUAUGUAAAGAGGGAAUAUGCUCACUGGCAUAACAUAAAUCUUGCGCCACUCCUUAGUGGUUAACGCCCGAAGAAAAGGCACUUUGCGCAGCGAGGAGCAAAAGUGAGAACGUCGGCGCAGUCGUUGUUGUCGACGAACUCAAGACCCAGGUCUUCCUUUCGGGCAUGUUCAAUACGAGUAAGUUCCCGGUUCUUUGAUGUAGAGAGUGACUAUCGAUUACUGAUGGCGAUCUACUGGACUCGUGUGUUUACGCAGCUUCGAUUGUCGUCGCCGUCAUUUUCCUCCUGACCAACCUCACCGUACACAGCCUUAGUUUCUUCCUCCCCACGAUCGUCAAGACCAUCUUCCCCACCAUGAGCGUGAUUCACCUAGAACUCAUGACGGUCCCCGUCUACGUCGUCGGAGCGAUCAUGUCCCUCAUCCUGCCUUACCUCUCCUGGAAGACCGGUCGUCGAGCCUUAUGGAUGACGUUCGCCGCGCCUCUGAUGAUCAUAGGCUAUUCCAUCUUUGUCGCGACGAAUAACCCUAGCGCACGUUACGUAGGAUGUUUCUUCAUCGCUUCGGGUACUUUUGCGUUGAUUUCAUUCUCGAAUACUUGGUCCGCGAUUAAUACGACUUCGGAUACGGCGAGGGCAGGAGCGAUUGCGAUGACGGUCUUUGGUGGGAAUUUGGGUGGGGUCGCUGCUACGUGGUCGUUCUUACCUCAGUGAGUUUUUUCAACGAUCGAAAGUGCGCUUACUUGAGGGUUCUACACCACUAUCAAAGCUGAUCUUUACCUCCUCCCCUCCCCACGUUUGAAGAUACGCACCCCAUCAACUGCCAGGCAAUGCUCUCAACCUAGGCACCUCGACCCUACUCCUCGUCUUGACUUUAGGGUUAUGGGCCUGGCAGAACCGACAGAACGAACUUCGUGAUCAGGGGAGUUUGGAUUAUUUGUUGGAGGGUAAAACGAGAGAGGAAGUGGCGGCGAUGGGGACCAGCCAUCCGGGUUUUAGGUUUAGGACUUGA